UCCUCCGCUCUCAUUAUGAGCGUCAAAGAGGACUGUGAGCUUUAGAUAAACCAGUCCCCCCCCAAAACGCACAGCGCUCUCGCGUCCCCCUUGUCGCAGUGAUGGUGGACUAUAUGGGCAUUUUCACGAAUGCGGCUCUUUUCUGGCACUUGGAGCGGCGUGACCACCGCACGUCCCACUGACUCGCGGAUCUGUGCAGAUGUCUGGUCCACUACCGACACCGGGCCACCUCCUCUGCAAACCCAAAUGGCUGUUCGCGUCGCGGGGAUCUGGAGAGAUUUGCGCAGACUGAGCAGCAGCGUCCUGCGCUCCGGUGACUGGAGGAGAGGAUGCUCGUGCACAGGGAUGCGGAGCGUUAAACUCUCAUCUUUAGCAAUAUUCCUACUUCUAUUACACAACGCGCAGGCAUCUGACGAUGAGUUCAGUCAUGAAGCCUCUGGAUCAUUUCUGGAAGUGGCCACAUCACCCUCCUCUGUUCAUUUGCUGGGCGGCUUUCUUAUGACAGACAGAAAUCCAGCAUCCGUAGUCCAAUCAGAUCCUAAAGGCUCAUCAAAGAGCAGAAGGGAACAACCUGCCUUUUCCUCCAUUCUCACACUACUUGCCAGCACGGCCCAAAAAGCUCCUGAACUCCCUACAAAUGUUGCUGUGCGUGACAACGAAACCCAUCAAUGGCCUUUAAAUGGAUCUUUGGAGAGAGUGGAGUCAUCAUUCUCCCGUCCAUCGUCUAGGCUGAUCAGCAACCAAUCUCACUCAGAGUCUGAGUGGAUAUCUGAGCUGGUGGCACCUGCAGCCACAUCCAGAGCUGUAGACCCUCUCCAUCAAGCCAAUGAAUCUGAGCAGAGAAACACAGCUCUGUCUAACAGAUCUUCAGAAACAGCUGUGGACUCCCAACAAGAACAGCCAGGCAUUGCAGCCACUCCUGUAUCUCAACCUACAGGAUUUACCAGCAAUACUGUUACCACAACCAACAUCCCCUUUACCACAACCACAAAGCAGAUUAGCACUACUCAAUCACCUGCUACUAAGCGUCACUCCAAAACACACAGUGCAACUAUGAGAACUACAACUACACUUCCGGAAUUUCCAAAGACAACACCAAGAAUCCGGUUAGCUUCCACCUCACAGAGCACCAAGCUGGACUCUUCAAGAAGCACCGCAGGUCCACCAAAAUUUGCUGCUACUGAGGCCACAUUGAUGAGGUGUAACAUCACAGACAAGAUGUGGAUAAAAACAGUGUUGUCCAUACAGUUACGGAGAAGUCGUCUAGACAGUAUUUUGAAGCAGAACCUCCCUCGAGGGUUUACUCAAGCUCUGAAGAAGGCCUUGAAUGACAGCAUGGUUCAAGCUAAGCUUGAGAAAAUUUCCAGUGUGCCUAAUGUGACAGUCGGUUACUAUGUGACCAAUGGAGAGAUGGUAUACAGUGCCUCUGUAGUUGUGGAGGCUCUUAGUGUCUAUGGUAUUGAGAGAUUGAUGGCAGACAUCCGGCAGUUUGUGCCACUGGUGCAGGCCGUUCCCAUCCCAGCAGUCCCCUGGAGAUCCAGCCCUGCCAUCUCACUGAUGCUGAAGACAGUACUGCGUUUUGUAGGGCCAGGAGAUAAUAUCAGAUCCUGCAGAUUUAUCCAGAUGAUGGAGCAGAGACUGGAGAAUGCUUUUGCUGAGGCUGAGGCCAUAGUGAUGAACUCACAUAGCACUCUCACUGUACAGAUUUUGAGCACAUCUCAGUCUUUGGGUUCUCCUGCUGUAUCUCUUAUAUAUAUGGUGCAUAAUGGAAGUGUCAUUCUUAAUGGCACAACAGCCAGUAACCUGCUCAGUCACCUGACCGCCGAACUUGUUGGCUACUUCCUGUUUUACCCUCCACUAAUCACAGCUGAGCCUCUGGAAUACCACAACAUCAACACAUCUGUAGAAACCAGACCGUUUUGGAUAAUCACAGUGAUUCAGGAUGUGUCAAACUCGUCUCUGGAAGUGCAGUACCAGAGCUUUGCCAGUCUGAUGGAGGAGCGGCUGGCUGAGCUCUUCAUGGUGGCCCACCAGCAAGGCGUUCGCUUCAAACGGGCAACAACAGUGGGCAGUUACACUGUGCAGAUGGUUAGUAUCAGGCGUGUUCAUGGGACAAAAAACCCAGCUGAGAUGACCUACUAUGUCCAGCAAAAUGGGACCCCAUUGCUUGGCACAUCUGCAGCCAAGCUUCUGAACACAGUGGACUCACAGACCAUGGCGCUUACACUGGGAUACUUUGUCCAACUGCAGGCUGAAGCUGUGGUGAAGAAUCCACCCAACAACCUAUGGAUCAUUGCUGCAGUGCUUGCACCCAUCGGUGUGGUGACCCUCAUCAUCAUCAUCAUCACCACGGUUCUGUGUCAUAAAAACAAGAGCGAUUUCAAAAGUGAUCCUAUCGGCAACUACAACCCUCGAGUGAAGACGACUUACUGGAGAGACGUGGGUUAUUACCCUCAGCCUGUCCAGGGGUUUGACUAUGCCAAGCAACACCUGGGUCAGCAGGGUGGUGACGAGGAGACCCUUCCGGUUACCCAGGAAACUAUGAUCCUGCCCCAUCCCAUUCGAGAUGCACCCCUGUCCUUAGAUAAACCUGCACGCCAAGACGGAUCCACUUCCAAGAAAAGCCUGAACAGUGAAAUAAGGAAAAGUAGGUUGCCGAGUGAGGAUGCUUCCGUCAUCAGCAGCGAAUCAGUAAAGGAGGUCUCAGGGAAGGGCUUGGGUGUGCAAAAAGCCACAGCGCAGCAGAAACUCACCAAGGAGGAGACGAGGAAGAGUAAUGAUCAUUAUGACAGUUCAUCAGGAUCACUUCAUCUUAUUUCCAUAAAACCAAUGGCAGCUCCACCAACUUACUCUCACCCCGCAUCCUCUGACCGCAGCCAGGACUCUGCUGUAUUUAAUGGAGAGGUGAAUUUGGCUCUGAAACAGAAGUCAGACAUUGAGCACUACAGGAACAAGCUUAGACUGAAGGCCAAGAGGAAGGGUUACUAUGACUUUCCUUCUGCUGAGGGGAAAGGCAGUACUAAAGACUUGAGUCAGAGGCACAACAGACCUCCACACCCUCACAGCAGAGCUCAGGAACAGGAGGACGACAGGGGCUCCACAUAUGUGAAACACCGCAGGAGACCCUCUCAGGUGAGUCACCCCACACAUCGCAGCAGACAGUCUCUAAACAGUCCCAGUCCUGGAGGAACAGAGAUGGAUCUUCUGGUCAUGAGAGAAAGACCCAGAAAGGGGAUCCGAAACAGUGGCUAUGAUACUGAACCAGAGAUUAUUGAAGAGACUGAUGUGGACCGACUGGGGGGCCGGCAUUAUUUUGGCUGUGGUCGACAAAUCAAAGGUCAAUCUGAGACGUCGACGCUGAGCUCUCAGCCUUCAAUAGAUGAGGUUCGUCAGCAGAUGCAUCUCUUGCUAGAAGAAGCCUUUAGUUUGGCUUCAGCAGGUCACUCCACCUCCAGCAGACACCAUCACCAUCACUCGCAUCUUCAGCAUCCGCCGCUGGGACCCUAUGGUUUGGGUCCAGUCAUCCCAUACUCAGAGGUGGUGACUAGUGCACCGGGCACCACGAGUCAAGGACAGGGAGGCCUGCAGUGGGUGCCAGCCUAUAGACCAGACCCUUACCAGUGCAGUUUGGGCAAACAGGCAUUCAGGUUUACUCAGCUUCCUGAAAUGGCUCUUGGGUCUCCUCCACCCCCUGUCCCACCAAGAACAGGUCCUCCACCUGAAUCCUCACUGCGACGGUCAUCUUCUGAUCUUGGUCCAAAGGCUCUCUGCUCUGAGUCAUCAGUGUCGAGUCAGCAUGACAGCGUCCCCUACAUGCCAAACAGCAGAGCACCACUCCCACCUGUCACCACUGAGCCCAUUCCCAACCACUCAGGAAAUCCCAUGACAGCAGUGUACGCCAUCCCAGCCACCCGUCCGGGAUACACAGGAUAUUUCAUUUCCACACCACCCUCCUCCUAUCACAGCCCUUCCUGGAUGUCUUACCCACCUGAACCCGAGGAUGUGCCUCCUCAGUGGGCCGAAUCAAUGCCCCUGCCAGGCUACGCAGAGGCCUUUCCUCACCCUCACUAUCCUCAGGGUAGCCCUCUCCUAUGGCACCACCGCCAGGCCACUCAAGGUGGUCCAGACCAGCUGCCCUCUUCCUCCACCGCAGUGUCCCAGCAGAGUCUAACAGAGUCUGGAGAUCCCGUCAGCCCUGAAAUCCCCCUCAGCAGCCUUUCCACUUCAGCUCUUGUCAAAGCCAUCCGCGAUGAGGUGGCCAAACUGGCCAAAAAGCAAGCAGACAUGUUUGAGUUCCAGGUGUAGAAGAUUCUAGUGCGAUCCCGGACCAGCUGCACUGAAACUGAACUCAUAGUCUGAUACGUUUAUCAGACCUCUGAUUUUACUGGAUACUUUCUUUAUUUCUUUUCAAUGAAAUGUCUGUCUGCUUUUAAUACAGGUUUGUGUGGUUCUCUUUGGCAUUGUAGUGUAACAUUAACAUGUAAUUUAGCAUUUUAUUUGUUGUAGUAUAGACUUAAUAUAGUAUAAAGAGUUUUUAAUUUCAGUCUACGGUAUGAAAAUUCACACCAUCCCCCAUUUCCGCUAUUGUAUUUUAAUAAUUAAACAUGCUGUGGUGAUUAAAAGGAUAGGGCACCUAAAUUAUUAUUCACUAACUCUCAUGAUGUUCCAAACCUACAAAAGUUCUGCUGAUUUUCAGAGUAUGAAUUAUGGAUAUUUUGGUUGCACUUUACUUUGAUGGUCCUAGGCCUGGUUACAGAAUCAGUCACUAGCUAUGUUUCCAUCUAUAGAUGCAAUUUAAACUUACAGAACUGGAAUAUUGCAUAAAACACUUGCGAAUAAAGCACUGUUUCCAUCUAAUGAGUCAAAGAAAACCAAAUUGUCACUUCCUGAUAAACUGCCGGCAAAUAUCAAAAAGAGAAACGAAAUUUGCUGUGGCAGGAGAAGCAUUUUAGAAUGCCCAAAACAACAUUUCAGGUGUUUUACAAUGUAGACGGUCUGCUGGUUUAGGGUUAUUUGCAUGUAAUUAUUCACUCACUGGCCACUUUAUUACUAGUACCAGGUUGGUCCCCUUUUUCCUUCAAAACUGCUUUAAUCCUUCAUGGCAUAGAUUCAACAAGGUGCUGGAAAUAUAAUUCUCAGAGAUUUUGGUCCAUAUUAACAUGAUAGAAUCACGCAGUUGCUGCAGAUUUGUCGGCUGCACAUCUAUGGUGCGAAUCUCCCUUUGCACCACAUCCCAAAGGUGCUCUAUUGGAUUGAGAUCUGGUGAUUGUGGAGGCCAUUUCAGAACAGUGAAAUCAUUGUUAUGUUCAAGAAACCAGUCUGAGAUGAUUCCCACAACAUGGUGCAUUUUCCUGCUGGAAGUAACCAUCAGAAGAUGGGUACACUGUGGUCAUAAAGGGAUGGACAUGGUCAAGCAAUACUCAGGUAGGCUGUGGCGUUUACAUGAUGCUCAAAUUGUACUAAUGGGCCCAAAGUGUGGCAAGAAAAUAUCCCCCACACAUUACACCACCAGCACAAGCCUGAACUGUUGAUACAAAGCAAGAUGGAUCCAUGCUUUCAUGUUGAUGCCAAAUUCUGACUCAACCAUUCGAAUGUUGCAGCAGAAAUCAAGACUCAUCAGACCACGCAACAUUUUUCUAAUUUUCUAUUGUCCAGUUUUGGUGAGCCUGUGUGAAUUGUAGCCUCAGUUUCCUGUUCUUUGCUGACAGGAGUGGCACUCGGUGUGGUCUCCAGCUGCUGUAGCCCAUUCGCCUCAAUGUUCGACAUGUUGAUACUCUUCUGCAGACCUCAGUUGUAACGAGUGGUUAUUUGAGUUACUGUUGUAUUUCUAUCACCUCAAACCAGUCUGGCCAUUCUCCUCUGACCUCUGGUAUCAACAAGGCAUUUGCACCCACAGAACUUCAGCUCACUGGAUAUUUUCUCUUUUUUAGACCAUUCUUUGUAAAGCCUAGAGAGGCCAUGGCACGUUCAAAGUCACUUAAAUCAUAUUUAUUCCUCAUUCUGAUGCUCGGUUUGAACUGCAGCAGAUUGAGUUACUACCAUGUGAUGGGCUGAUUAGACAUUUGCGUUAACGAGCAGUUGGACAGGAGUACCUACUAAAGUGGCCGGUGAGUGUAUAGCAUGUACAUGGAACGUGUAACAGGGAAACCUUAAAAUAGAGUGUUACCCUGCAUUGUUUUUAUUUAAAUCCUUUAGCUUAGAAAGCAUGCUUUUUUUAUAAUCACUAAAUCACUUUUCAUCAAUCACUUGAGUUCUCCGAGAACCUCCCACUAUUCUGUUUUAAUCAAUGAAGCAGUCAAACUGCACAACAAAUCACCUAUUUAUUAUCUUGUCUGCACUUUGUUUGUUAUAAUGAGAGGACACAGAAUUCGAUACCAGACAAAAAAAUAAGUUUCCAUUGCAAUCAUCAGAAGAUCAUACGAUUUGCUUAACACUGAAAAAAUGCAAUAUUCAUUCAUUCAUUCAUUGUUUUUUGUGUUCUCUUUAUUAAUCUGGGGUCGCCACAGCGGAAUGAACUGCCAACUUUUCCAGCAUAUGUUUCACGCAGCGAAUGCCCUUCGAGCUGCAACCCAUCACUGGGAAAUACCCAUACACACUCAUUCACACAUAUACACUACGGACAAUUUAGCUUACCCAAUUCACCUACAGCGCAUGCCUUUGGACUGUGGGGGAAACCGGAGCACUUGGAGGAAACGCAUGCAAACAUGGGGAGAACAUGCAAACUCCACACAGAAAUGCCAACUGACCCAGCUGAGGCUCGAACCAGCAACCUUCUUGCUGUGAGGCGAUUGUGCUACCCACUGCACCACCGUGCAAUACAUAUUGUAAACAAAAGCUGUCCAAAGCACAGACUUGCACACUGAAGCAUUUGACAGUUUUGUUUUGCCAAUGACCUAUUGUAUAAUUACAGCGUGUUUUGUUUAGCGUGCGCUAGCAUGCCCGUGCCAGGAUGGACACCUUUUUGUUGUUUUUUUUUACUAUGACGUAUCAACUAAUUAAGUAUUAGUAGAUGGUUAGGGCUAUAGAAUGAGCUGGUGUGCUGUUACUUAUAGAAGGUCACACUUUAGUUUGGGGGUCUAUGAACUAACUAUUAAUAACUACAAGAAUGCUGCAAAAAAAAGUUGGAGUUCGAGUCCCAGCUAGGUCAGUUGGCAUGCUAUAGGUGAAUUGCGAACAUUCCACUGUGGUGACCGCUGAUGAAUAAUGGGACUAAGACAAAGGAAAAUGAAUAAACAGUCAAUUUUCUAUUACUAUUUUGCUAAUAAAUAAUUAAUAGUGAGAAAUGGUCCCCAAUUGAAGGUGUUACCUUGAGAUCAGUAGAAUAUAUGUUCAGAAAGUGUUAGCAGAUAUUAAAACUACUAAUACUUUGUUAAUAUUCUAGUGAUUGCAAUUUGACAUGGAAUCACAAAACUACUUUUCUAAAGUAGAUCAUCAACAUAAAGUGUAACCAUUAUUUUAAAUGUUGUUUUAAUAAAUAGAAAAUUAUAUCCACUAAAUGUCUAAACUGUCAUGCUUCAAAAUACUUUGCUAAAUCAAUUCAAAUAAGUUAACUUAACAAAUUGAAGUGGAUUGAACAUAAAACAUAAGUAAGGUUGUCCCAAAAAAUUCAAGAAUUGUGUUGUUCAAGCUGAUUUUAAAUAAUGUGAACAAACAGCAAGAAAAAAAAAUCAGGUGUUGUUUUCAGAAUAGGGCAGGCCAGGCUUAUUAGAAAUACAAGACUCUGAUUUUGUUUCUACAAAACUGCAAAAAACAUUUUUCUUACUGCAGUAAAAUGACCAUUUGGAGGCAGUAAAACACCAAGUUUUGUUCUUUGUUGCACAAAUUAUGAUUAUGGGUCACAUUUGAGAACACAGAGGAGUAUCUAAUGCACUAUAGAAGUCCAAAGGGCAGCACAGUAGCUCAGUGGUUAGCACUGUCGCCUCACAGCAAGAAGGUCCCUGGUGCGAAUCCCAGCUGGGCCAGUUUGCAUGUGCUCCCCAUGUUCGCGUGGGUUUCUUCCGAGUGCUCCAGUUUCCCCCACAGUCCAAAGACAUGCUGUGUUGGUGAAUUGAGCGAAUAUAGUUGAAACGAACUUGCUCGUAUGUUGGAGUGUGUGUGAAUAUGAGAGUGUAUGGGUGUUUCCUGGUUAUGGGUUAAAACUGGAAAGGCAUCCGCUGUAUAAAGCAUAUGCUGGAAUAGUUGGUGGUUCAUUCCGCUGUGGCAACCCCUGAUAAAUAAAAGACUAAGCCGAAGGAAAAUGAAUUAAAGUCCAAUUAUAGGUUUGUGACGAGUGAAGGGUCUAAAAUCAUCAAAUUUUAAGUUUUGGAUAAGCUAUCCCUUUAAGGUACUAAUAUGGAUAAUUUACUGUAGGUUCAAAUGUGAUUCUUUAGUAAAAUUACAUCCUCAGUCACAGCUAUUGUACGUUUAUUUCUGGGAGUGUAAUGAUAAUAGAUUUAGACAGAAUCCAAUAUUGUGCCAUCAAAAAUUACAUUGGAACUUCUUAUGUAGACACUAUUGUGUGGACUGUAAUGAAGAUAGAGCCCAUGGUUAAAGAGAUAGAUCACCAAAAUAAAUUAAAAUUCUGUCAUCAUUUAUUCACCCUCAAGUGGUUA